AUGGCUACACCCGCUGCUGCUGCUGAACAACCUCCCGCGCGGCCUGUACAGGUCAAGCUCGUGCUACUCGGCGAGUCGGCUGUCGGCAAGUCGUCGGUGGUCCUGCGCUUCUGCCAGAACGACUUCCAGCCCAACAAGGAGCCCACUAUCGGCGCGGCGUUCCUGACCCAGCGAUGCAGGCUCGAGGACAAGGUUAUCAAGUUUGAGAUCUGGGACACGGCUGGGCAGGAGCGGUUCCGCUCGCUCUCGCCGAUGUACUACCGCAACGCUCAGGCGGCCGUGGUUGUCUACGACGUGACCAAGUCGGCGUCGCUCGAGCAGGCCAAGACGUGGGUCAAGGAGUUGCAGAGGCAGGCCAACCCCAAUAUUGUCAUUGCUCUCGCCGGCAACAAGGUCGACCUCGUCCGCCCGUCGUCUGACGGCGACGACUCUGCCUCGGACGCUGCCGUCAACCCGGAGGACUCGGAAGAAGCGGACGACGCGACGGCAACGCCCGAGGACGAGGCUGGCUCGGCGGCGGGCGACGACGAAGGACCGGACGGUGGUAAGCCGAGCGAGAGCAGGAGGCAGGUCUCGCGCGAGGAGGCGGAGGAGUACGCAAAGGAGUGCGGCUUGCUGUUCUUCGAGACGAGUGCCAAGACGGGCGAGGGUGUCGUCGAGGUCUUUACUGAGAUUGCCAAGAAGAUCCCGCUCGACGCCUUGAUUGCCCAGUCGCGCGGUCCUGGUGGCGCCAACCGUGGUGCCGGUCGCGGCGGCGCCGGUGCCAACUCGAGCGUCAACCUGAGCGAGAACGAGGCGGACAAGAAGGAUGCGUGCGCGUGCUGA